GCGUCUUUUGCUGUGAAGCGACCUACACCGGAGGCACAAUGAGCGGGACACUGGCUAGGAUUGCCGAGAUAGAGGCCGAGAUGGCCCGGACACAGAAAAAUAAAGCAACAGCCUAUCACCUGGGUUUGCUGAAAGCUCGCCUUGCCAAGCUGAGACGUGAGCUCAUUACUCCAAAAGGAGGUGGCGGAGGAGGACCCGGAGAAGGUUUUGAUGUGGCAAAGACCGGAGAUGCUCGAAUUGGGUUUGUUGGGUUUCCAUCUGUGGGGAAAUCUACACUGCUCAGUAACUUGGCUGGAGUUUAUUCUGAAGUGGCAGCCUAUGAAUUUACCACCUUGACAACCGUUCCUGGUGUGGUGCGAUAUAAAGGAGCAAAAAUUCAGUUGCUAGAUCUUCCCGGUAUCAUAGAGGGAGCAAAGGAUGGAAAGGGGCGUGGUCGCCAGGUCAUUGCAGUUGCUCGAACAUGUAACUUGAUCCUUAUUGUUCUGGAUGUACUGAAACCACUCGGACACAAGAAGAUCAUAGAGAAUGAACUGGAGGGAUUUGGAAUCAGAUUGAACAAGCAGCCUCCAAACAUUGGAUUCAAGAAGAAAGACAAGGGCGGCAUAAACCUCACCGCAACAUGUGCUCAGAGUGAGCUUGAUAAUGAUACAGUAAAGAGCAUCCUGGCUGAGUAUAAGAUCCACAAUGCAGAUAUCACACUGCGCAGUGAUGCCACUGCUGAUGACCUGAUAGAUGUAGUAGAGGGUAAUAGGGUUUAUAUUCCUUGCAUCUAUGUGCUGAACAAGAUUGACCAAAUUUCAAUUGAAGAACUGGAUAUAAUUUACAAAGUCCCACACUGUGUGCCUAUCUCUGCCCAUCACCGCUGGAAUUUUGACGACCUUCUUGAGAAGAUCUGGGAUUACCUUCAACUUGUGCGAAUUUACACCAAACCGAAGGGUCAGUUGCCUGAUUAUACAUCACCUGUAGUGUUGCCGUGUUCUCAUACUGCAGCAGAAGACUUUUGCACAAAGAUCCAUAAGAACCUUAUCAAAGAGUUUAAAUAUGCCCUGGUUUGGGGAUCAUCUGUGAAACACAACCCUCAAAAGGUUGGGAAAGAUCAUGUGUUGGAAGAUGAGGAUGUCAUUCAAAUUGUUAAGAAAUAAUUCACCAUAUACAUCUGCAAUUGGGCAUCAGUGCAGCAUCUGUCCAUUAAACUGUGUGCAUAUUUCACAGGCAGCAUGCCAAUAAAGCAGCACGUUUAAUUUUCA